GCCACAGAGCGCGGGCGCGCAGAUCACUAGUGUGAUCGUACCACUCGAAACGUUCAGUCCAGGAUGAAACUAACAAUAGCUUUACUGCUCUGUGCAGCAGUGUGCCAAGCUGAUGACAUAGCUUCAGCUGCAGGGCAAAUCUUCCAAAACAUCUUGCCUGGCUUAAUCAAGAACUCUGUCACCGGUCAGGAUGGUAACACCGGAGCGAACACGCUCCAGCAAAUCGGGACCGUAGUAGGCGGUGUUGUGGACUAUGCGAAGAAAAAGAGCUAUGAAGAUCUCCUACGUCAAGUACAGGAUCAAACGUCCGAUGAUGACCUGCUCCGUGUCGGUGAGGAAAUGUUCAAUGCGGAUAUUAACAAUGCCAUCAACUAUAUCCAGGUCAAUUUGCAAGGCAAAACCUCUGCUAUGUCUCGGAAUGAUGAAGCGCAAACGAACCUACUGUCGGUUCCUGACAAUGUAUGGAACGGACCAACAAUCCGACCGAUGGUGGCACUUUUUGAUAAUUACCACAAGAACGUAAUUAGACCGGAAUUCGUGACGCCAAGUGAAGAAACCGAGGUGAUCACGUAUAUCAACACAAUCCUGGCCACAGGGCCGAUUAGGAGCCUGAUGACGUUCUUAGUCAGCAAAGGUCUCACACAAAUGAACGAGUACAACGAGCAAGUGGAAUUGUUGAAAAAGAUCUGGUUUACAAAGUACGCGCGCCACUGGACCGGCUUGUGCAAAUGCAGUUGCGCUUUCGAAAACGUCUUUAUGGCCGAGCUCAAGUCUAAUGACGUUCUGGGCAUGCACAGCUGGCUGUUCUUCGCUAAACGCGAGCAAGAUCGCAAAGCUAACUAUUUGGGAUACAUCGACAAGCUUGACCUAUCUGGAAAAGGGUUGAUCCUAAAGCAACACUCAGUGCUAAGUGACACGAAAGACGCGCCUGAAGUCAACAUGUUCGUGGGCACUUCCCCUGAAUUGGAGACAGCUCUAUACACUCUCUGCUUCAUGGCUCGCCCGGACCGCCCCUGCAAGCUACGAUACAACAACGUGGCGUUUACUGUUCAAACCAAGACGUUGAAGGCUGAUAACUUACUCGUUAUCGACACCGCUUAUCCGACAUUUUAAGUUUUACGUUAAUUAGAGCUACUGGUGUUUCUUAUCUAUGCUAAGAUUAGGGUUGCCACCUACCGUGAGGUAUAGAGUUAUUAUUUAUACCUAGUUAGAAUAACUAUUUAUAGACUCUUAGGUAUUAUUUCCUUCUUUUCGGUGUUUGCCAAGAUAUAUGUGUCUUGUGCUAAAUUUUAUUUUGUAAUGUAUACUUUAGGCGUCCUUAUGUCCAGUUUUCGACUAUAGUAAACUGCUACAUAUUGUAGCACGUGGUAUGUAUAUUGUUGCAGUCACAAAAGUUACGCAAGUAACAAAGGGCUUUAAACUUUUUGUCUAGAAGAUGGGAUAAUUGACCUCCAAAUAUCUCAGUAACAUGACCCCUUGGGAUACCAUGCAACUUGACAUUGUUCGUCUGUUUUCUCUACAUAUACGGUUCUUUAGUCCAAUCGAAACUCGAUCGUCAAGUAUAUCAAAAGCUUUGACCUAUACCUACUACUGUGACUUGACAUAUAAGUACUAACAGAGUAACUUAGAUAAAGGCUUGAAAAAUGGUAGCUAUUUACUCAAACUGUCGCAUCUUUCCUAUAAAAAAGGUGGUAACCCUAAUAUAAGCAAAGAUCAUUUACUGUUCAGCCUGUAACUUCUUAAGUUACAUUAUCACAACAAUGUCUCUCUAAAUAAAAACAAUAUUCUCAAUUAGUACCUAAAUACUUGUUAUUUUUUAAAUAAAUGUAGUAACAAAAUA